AUGGUUCCUCCGCCAGCAGCACUGGCGACUAACUAUAUACAAGCGAGCUCCGCCACCUUCAAAGACCUAGUCCAGAAACUCACCGGCGGCGCACCGGGAGUCUCAGCCCAAAAGCUCCGCCCAAAGACCGCCGCAUCUCGGCGUUCGCCGUUCAAGCUACAAGAUCGGAGGAAGUACUCCGUGGGGGAUAUCGAGAUAAUCAAACAGCGCGUGGGAUCAACCGGAAAGAAGACUCGGUCGCCGCCAGUUUUAAAGGGGCCGACCACGCCACUCGGGCGUGAAUCGGUGUUUCGCGACCGAGUCGGGACCGAGUCGCCGCCGCCGCCGUCGUCUGAGGAGGAGAGGGCCAUUGCAGAGAAGGGGUUUUACUUGCACGCGUCGCCGGGGAAGGCGGAGAUACCUGUGCUGUUGACUUUGUUCCCGUUGACUUCUCCAAAUCACGAAGUCUAGAGUGUGGAUGGAGUCCCAAUUGCACAUAGUUUAAUUUAUAAAUGAUAUUUAUAAUCACAAUUAGAAAUAUAAU